AUGUUCGCCACAUGCGCCUAUCUCGCCCUCUUCUCCUGUCUCGUUGCCCCCGCACUCGGCACGACCUACGCGCAAAGUGACAGCUUUCAGGGCAGCGACUUUCUCUCUGGGUUCAUACACCAGGCCAUCGCAGACCCUACCCAUGGCCGAGUCGACACGCUCAUUCUCCGAGCGGACGACACGACGGUGCUCAGCGCUAGUGACCCCGGACGCAACUCUGUUCGACUGAUGAGCAACAACGUGUAUUCGAACCAUGUGACCAUAUGGAACAUUCGGCACAUGCCUGAGGGCUGCGGGACUUGGCCAGCGGUGUGGGAGGUUGGCCAGGAUUGGCCGAACCAAGGAGAGAUCGACAUCCUUGAGGGCGUCAACGACGAAGGGACUGACCAGGCCACACUCCACACGGGCUCUAACUGUACGGUUGGAGGAACGCGCACCAUGGCUGGGACCUCUACCGGCGACAACUGCGACGUUAAUGCGACGGGCAACAGCGGUUGUGGCGUGAAGUCCAACGACGUAUCCUCAUACGGCCCUGCGUUCAACGCGGCGGGGGGCGGCUUCUACGCAAUGGAGCGCUCAGACGCGGGCGUGAAGGUCUGGUACUGGUCGCGGAACAGUGGGUCGAUCCCGAACGACGUGCUGAACGGCGCGGCGAACGUCGAUACGGACAACUGGGGAACGCCGUUUGCGGACUUCUCGAGCACCUCAUGUGAUAUGGCGUCGCACUUCGGGCCGCAUAACAUUGUUAUCAACCUGACGUUCUGCGGCGAUUGGGCUGGUGCGGUGUUUGAGGCUGAUGGAUGCCCUGGAGACUGUACUACAUACGUCGACGAAAACCCUAGCGCAUUCGCAAACGCAUACUUCGACGUUGCAUGGCUCAGGGUUUACCAGUAG